CCAGAAAGCAAGAGAGAGGAACUGGGGUGAGCAAGCAUUGUGGCUUUAUCUGUUUCCUGUUUCAGCAAGGCUUGCAAAGAGAAACAGCUCCGAGAAUGGAAAUGCUAAGGGGACGCAGAGCCAUGGAUUGAGAGCUUGCACUUGAUUCAGCUGCUGUCUUGCCCCAUCUGAGACCAGAGCCGAGAUCUACCCGGGAGCUGGAAGGCUUUUCCGAGCCGCUUGGGUUGGAGCCUGGGACCCAAGAUCCCGACAGCUAUUCCAGGAACUGGAGGCCACGCACAACAGGUGCUCAGGAGCUCCUCAUGAUCAGCCCAGACCCCAGGCCUCCCGCCGCCUUGGCCCGGUGGGCCGAGAGCUACGAGGCCAAGUAUGAGCGCCGGCAGGAGACCCGUGAGAGCCGCCGCUGCCGCCCCAACAUGACCACUUGCCGCCAGAUGGGGAAGGCACUGAGGAUCCAGCACGCAGAGCAGCUCCAGAGAGCCCGACAGCAGCAGUUCUUCAGAAGAAGGAACCUGGAGGUGGAGGAGAAAGACAAAGUACAGAAUGCCCCGGACAGGGAGCAGAGUCCCUCCAGGAGGACAGGUCAGGAGGCUGAACUCAAGAAGCUCUUGGCUGGGACCAACAAGAUCCCUCCCCCCAGACAACAGGUGCCAGUGACCAGCUCUGAGGUCUUUCCAACCCAACAACAUCCUCUCUCAAGGGAUCUGGUCAAUCAUCUCCCCUCCCAGGCCCAGGGCCUUCCACCACAGGACUUUCCCAGCAAGAAGCCACCCAAACACCAUCGUGGCACUCAGACAAAGGCAAAAGAAGCACAGCCAACAAUUAAGAAUGAUGCCAGUCAGCAAACCAAUUGUGGAGUUGCAGUUCUAGAUAAGGAAAUCAUCCAGCUUUCCGAGUACCUCAAAGAGGCCCUGCAAAGAGAGCUGGUUCUGAAACAGAAAAUGGUGAUUCUCCAAGACCUACUGUCCACCCUGAUCAGAGCCUCUGACAGUUCUUGGAAGGGACAGCUCAAUGAAGACAAAUUGAAGGGCAAACUGAGAUCCUUAGAAAACCAACUGUACACCUGUACCCAGAAAUAUUCCCCUUGGGGGAUGAAGAAGGUGCUGAUGGAGAUGGAAGACCAGAAAAACAGCUAUGAGCAGAAAGCCAAAGAGUCACUGCAGAAAGUGCUGGAGGAGAAAAUGAGCGCAGAGCAGCAGCUGCAGAGCACGCAGCGGUCCCUGGCUCAGGCCGAGCAGAAAUGUGAAGAGUGGAGGAGCCAAUAUGAGGCUCUGAAGGAAGACUGGAGGGCCCUGGGGACCCAGCACAGAGAGCUGGAGAGCCAGCUCCACGUGCUUCAGUCCAAACUGCAGGGAGCAGACAGCAGAGAUUUCCAGAUGAACCAGGCUCUGCGACUUCUGGAGAAUGAGCACCAGGAGCUGCAGGCCAAGAUCGAAUGCCUCCAGGGAGACAGAGACCUGUGCAGCUCAGACACCCAGCACCUCCAAGAUCAACUAAGGAGGUCGGAGGAGGAGAAACUCGCCCUGGUGACCCAAGUACAGCAGUUGCAGAGUCUGCUUCAGAGUCAAUCCUUACAGCUUAAAGAGCAGGAGAAACGCUUAAUAAAGAAAGAUCAGGCUUUGUCUGAGCGGAGUCCAGAGCCCUCCCAUAACGAAGUGGAGCCUGAGGGUACAGGGAAGGAGAAAGACUGGGAUUUCAGAGACCAGCUGCAAAAGACGACUUUGCAGCUCCAGGCCAAGGAAAAGGAGUGCAGAGAACUGUAUUCAGAGUUAGACAACCUCAGUGAUGACUAUCUUUCCUGCCUGCGAAAGCUGCAGCACUGCCGAGAAGACCUGAACCAGAGCCAGCAGCUGCCACCCGGAAGGCAGUGUGGCCGAUGGCUCUCGGUGCUGAUCCUGAUGAUUGCUAUAGCACUAGCAGUGUUCCUGGCCAACAAGGACAGCCUGGUGAUCUGAAUAACUUGUGACAGCUGCCUUGGGUGAAAAUCAGAAGCAAGAAAAAAAAAAACUCAAUAAAAAACUCAGGUUUAGAUACUUUUAAGUGUGGGUUUCCCCAACCCAACUGAGAUUUCUAACUUUAUUAUUUUUUUCCACUUACUGUAAAAUAAACAAACUUCGCCUGACUAUCUCUGUUCCCC